UCUCGUUCCGUCGCUCAAGCUGAGCGCACGCGAGUGUUGUGUUAAAUCUUUAAAAAAUGGUUGCAUGAGCGUUUGACUCACACCAUUCUCAGUUAUCAAUAGGAACUACGCUCCAGCAAAGUGCCUUAAGUUUUAACUCAGUCUCGCUUUGUCGCUCAAACUGAGCGCGCGCGAGUGAAGUGUAACGUAAAAAGUGAACGUACUACGCAAUAAGUGGUAUAAUAUACGUAUAGACAAUCUAUUUUUACGACCAUGCUCGAGCCAAAGACCUGUACAGACGACCUCGAAUCAUGGGUGGAGCUGAACAGCGGCGGCGGUCUGGCCGCCGAAAAUGAGUACAUAAGACUACUCAGGGAAGCUCAGAGGGAGAGCCGGGACUCCUCCGUGAGGCACUCCAGGGCUUCCAGCGUCAAAGGAAGCCCGAAGUCGCCUCCGAACAGUCCCAACCUGGAACCGUCCACUGAAGACGAGCUCAAGGGAGUCUACAUUAACUGCUGGAGGGACGAGUCCAACGACUGGGUGUGGGAGUGGAGCAGCCGGCCCGACCAGAUGCCACCCAAGGACUGGCGGUUCAAGCACCCCGUGUCGGCGCGCGGGCCGCCCUCCGCCACCUCCUCCAUCGAGGUGCUCGAGCAGCAGCUCUGCGUCCCCUCCAACCAACAGAGCCACUGCCUGUCGGUGCGGCGCUCGUGCCUGUUCAGCCGCGGCGCCGUGGCCGCCGUGCUCGUCACCAACCUCGUGUCGCUGCUGCUCGGCGCCGGCAUCGGCGUGUGGCUGAGCAAACGAGGCAUGCUGCCCCCCAGACUGAUCGUGCUGAACUAGACAAGACUGAGGCUCCAGCGAGGCAGCUGCACACCCUGUAUAUCAUCGCGCAUCACCCUGUAUGUCUUCACAAUCUGUCAUAAAAUCAUAGAAAAUUUGAAGACCUCGAAUGUACACAAUUCUAUUCACGUUCAGUUGAAAACAACCUGUAUACAUUCAUAAAAAACAUUUUGUAUACAGAACAAAAAAGUACGCGCAAGCAAAAUUCAUUGAUCAACCGCUAUUAGAUAUAUAUCUGAACAUCGAAAGUGUUCACAAAUAUGUGAACACAACUAAUAUCAAGACAUUUGAGUUGCACGUGGAGAUAUUUUUGAACACCUUGGCCGCUCACAUAUAUUUAAUGGCGACUUUUUCAGAUAUGUAAGUCAAACAAAACGUUCAGUGAGAAUGAGGGAACCUGAACUUACGGCGCCUUAACACAUUUCAGUAAUGGAUUUUUGGUGCAUUUGAAUUAUAUCUAUACUCUGUAUCUUUGGGUAUUUAAAUAAAAGUAAACAAUAUCUACCCUCAAAUGGCUCCUCAAGCCAGUUGAGGGUAGAUGAAAACAUUACAUGAUCAAAUAAUGUAGGUUAAAGUCAGGUCGUUCAGGGACAGAUCCAGACGGUUUUGUAUUUGGUCGGUUAACCAAUAAAUGUUAUAACUACCCGAAAAUUUACAAAUUGUUUAUUUACUUCUAUUUCAAUACCUACAGAUACAGAGUAUAGUUAGUGGUUUAAAUAUAUCAUUUAAUUUUCUACCAUAAUUUUAACUAAAUAAAGUCGAUAUUUAUAACGAUAUAAUAGUAUGCUUGUAAUUUAGACUAUUCUUGAAAUAUGGUAGAAAAUCAAACGUACAGUCGGCAUCAGAUAUAUCAGAGCGGCCUAUGUGCUCAAAAAUAUCUGAACACACCGCCUUGACAAUAGAGCCGUGUUCAGAUAUUUGUGAGCACGUCGACCGCCCCGAUAUAUCUGAAGACGACUGUAUAAACCAAGGUGUACAUGGCUGCCUUUCGUUGGUGUGUGUAGGGUAUUGUAUGUAAUUUGUUGUGUGAGAUGUAGUGGUAGCACUAUUAUAUAUAAAUAUUAAAAAUAAAUGUACUAAUAUUUAUUUCUGGAUAUUGUCAAGUUUUGACAGCAUUUGUGUACUAUCUAUGUCAACUUCUUCUAAGUCUUCAUCUAAGACAAAAUCGCGCUCAGAGUCUGAGAGCAGAACUAGAUGGCGCUGUUAAAAAAACGAGCAUACGAUGUCUUUGUACGCCUGUCGAAUAGAAGUCCAGAAACCAUCGAGCAUGCGAUGUCUUUGUACGCCUGUCGAAUAGAAGUCCAGAAACCAUCGAGCAUGCGAUGUCUUUGUACGCCCGUCGGAUAGAAGUCCAGUUUAUAAACAGACGAGCAUGCGAUGUCUUUGUACGCCCGUCGGAUAGAAGUCCAG